ACUUUAAAUUGCAGCCAUUUGAAUAUCUUUGUAUAGAAGUAUUCAAGGCUUUCCUGAAUAAGCUGUUGUGUGAAGGAACUGAAAGUUCAUCUCCCUUUUAAUUGUUCACUGCAUCAUGUUUAGGCUGUUUCUGCUGCUCUCUGUGAUUUUGGCUGCUCUAAAGCAGGCAGCUUCGCAGGGAAAUGGAUCUCUUUUCAUCUCUAAACAAGAAGUCUUCAGGAGAGUGGUGGAUCUCCUAGUCCCAGGAGAAGACAUUUUGAGCGAGAUGGCUGUCACCACUUUAAUACAUAUCUUAGGGAACCGUGUGCAGUGUUCUGAGGUGUCGUGUGAAGAGUGUUUCACAGUAGGUGACUUUUUUGAACUUGCCAAGAAGAACAGGAGUGAAACCAAAUCACUGACGUUGUUUGACUUUUUCCAAGUUACUCCCGGAUUGCUACUUUUCCUGAACAACCCACAGAAAGAAUGCAAGGUCAUACAGUCUGGAAUGUGGGACAAAGCAACACUGGCUUUCUCAGAGAAGCUAAUGAUGAAAAUUAACAUCAGCCAAAUCCUUGACCCCACCCAUCACCAAGUAGAAGAGGUACUGGUGGCAAUACAGAAGAACUAUCUGACAGUGGCCAAAGGUCAGCCUUGCGUUGAUGUGAGUCAAAUCUUAGAAGAAUCUGGCCUUAGUCCAAGUUGGAUGACAGAAGACAACCUCAAUCACUUUUCUGCCAUUGUGCUUUACCACGUACUUCAAGGGGAUUGUAUACUCCAACAUUUAUUGCCUGGGCCCGAAUUCUUUCUUGAUUUUAUCUUUCACAUGUAUCACAAUGAAUCCACAAACAUCACCAGAGCAGAACUUGAAAAGGUGAUGCAUGAAAUUGGUCUGGUUAAUCAUAAAAAUGAUUCCAUGGCUCAUGGUCAUGAACAAGACCAUGGAGAUGAGGACCAUGAAGAAAAUCACAAGAAUGAACACCAACUCAGACAGCUGAUAACCACAGGUCUGGAGGAGGAAGCCAACAUAACUGCCAAUGGGUGGAACACAAAAUGCUUCAGCUCCAUUGAAAUAAUGACCAUCUAUCACAUUCCAAUUGAUGCCAUGAUUUCUCGUGAUGAUUUUGUUCAGCUGAGUCCUGCAUUAAUCCAGCAACUCGUGAGUCAAGCCUGCACCAGAAAUCACCAAGACACAGAUAAUAAUGAAUUUCAGCUGACCACUGCAGAAAAAUAUAUAUAUGGAUCAAUCGCAACAUUAGUUGUAAGUCUUUGUGCUGUGUUGGGGAUUGUGAUUCUGCUUUUUACGUCUUGUACCACUGCAUAUCAGCAUAUUAUACAAUUCUUCAUAAGUUUGGCUGUGGGCUCAUUAACUGGUGACGCUGUGUUACAUCUCAUACCUUCGUUUCUUGGCUUACAUACUCACGGGGACAAUCAUGAUCACUCGUCAGCCUCUCACAGCUGGAAGCUACUGGCUGUUAUUGGAGGCAUCUAUGCCUUCUUCCUGUUGGAGAAGAUAUUCAAUAUAUUAAUAAAAGAUGAAGAUGAUGAACAAGAUGGCCAUCACUGUGAUCAUGUGCUGGCUCUUCAGGCAUUUAAAGAAGGGCAAAAGAAUAAACAGAAGGAAAAGAAGACAACAUCCCAGGUGGAACUGACAGCUUCUGAAGUGUCCUUGGAAAGUGAUUCUGGUCACCAUCCGUCUAAAGGCUUGAGGGUGCUUCCAUAUAUGAUAGUGAUUGGCGAUGGUAUCCAUAACUUUGCAGAUGGACUGGCUCUAGGAGCAGCUUUCUCUGUCUCCUGGAAGACAGGGCUUGCCACAACACUUGCAAUCUUAUGCCAUGAACUUCCACACGAAAUGGGUGAUUUUGCAGUUUUGUUGCACAGUGGCCUUUCUAUAAAGAAAGCUGUUCUCAUGAACUUCGUCAGUGCCUUGACUGCCUUCAUUGGACUCUACAUAUCAUUGGCUGUUGCAACAAAUGAGAUAGUACAGCAAUGGAUAUUUACUGUAGCAACAGGACUAUUCCUAUAUGUUGCCCUUGGAGAUAUGCUUCCAGAAUUGAUGCGAGCAAAGAGCAAAAACCCCUGGAUUUUAUUCCUUCUGCAAAAUAUUGGAUUACUUGUUGGCUGGGCAAUUCUACUCCUAUUGUCACUCUAUGAGGAUCAAAUCCAGUUUGGAUAGAGCAAAGAUUUUGGUUACUCUGAAAUGUACCUGUUGGGAUAAGUUGUGUAGUUCUCUUUUUAAACUUCUUAAACCUUUUAAACUUCACGCAGCACAGUGGCAUGUGAUUGUAAAGCUGUUAGCUGAGUGUAUCUUUUGAGCAAUAUUUCAUCAGCUAACUCAAUUUUUUUUCAAAAUGAGUUGUAAAGAUAAUUACAAGGCAGAGAUGCUGUCAUUUGUGGUGGAUAAAACAUCAACAACUUGAAGGAGGAAAUAAUUAAAUACUUAGAAAAAUAGGGAACACCAAGAAGGAGAGGUGGUGAUGUAAUGGUAAUGUCACUGGAUGAAUAAUCCAGAAACUCAGGUUAAUUUUCUGAGGACAUGGGUGCAAACCCCACCAAACCAAAUGGUAAAAUUUGAGUCAAAUUAAAAUAUGAACUAAAAAGCUGUAACUGUAUAAAGGUGUUUUAUGUGACUAGGGAUUAGUGCUUGAGUUAUCAUAAUACACAACAUGCUAAUGUAAAUGAGUUCAUAAAUUUUUUUGUAAAAGAUUUUAGAUUUGGAAACAAAGGUGCAUAUUUUUCUGGGGACAUUAAACAAAGAUGCUUGUUGGGAUUGCAAACACGGUAGACAUGUACAAAUACUAAGGAAGCAGUGCAGAUUGUCAUUUAAUACUGACAAACUGACGAGAUUGGAGAAGAGAAUAACUAGUAAGAAUAUAAAUGAGUGGAUGAAAACAUCCAGAUGAUAUAGGGUUAAUGUGGAUAGCUGGUUGUAGCAUCAGAACAGCACAUGGCUUUUUGAAGAAGCCAACAGGGCCAUAGGAUGCAUAGUUGAGGCUAUAUCUGUCUAUUCCUAAUUCUUUCUCAACAAAAGAAAUAAUAAUCUGAAACUUCUCAUUUCCCAAUGCCUGAGAAAUCACUUUCACCGUAAGUGUCUGUGAAAAGGAUUUCAUGACAGUCGCAAGCUGGAUAAAAACAGAAAAAUGAACAGUGUCGUCAAGUGUGGAGAGAAAAAAAAGGAAAUUGGCAGCAGGCAAUGAUGUUCAUUUGAACAGCUAGUGUAGACACAAUAGGCUGAAUGGCCUCCUUCAGCACUAUAAUGCUUCUGUGGUUCAAUGAAGCAAGAAUGUCACCACUUUCCUUCCUCAGCACUUCAGACUGAUAGGAUAAAUAUUGGCUUUGUCUCUGAUUGUGAAUGAUAAGAAAUUUUCCUGUUUCAAGUGACCACAAUCCAGACAAAAGACAGCAAUGAGAAUAAUGAAUGCUGAUGUGGAAAUGCAACACUUGAGUCAUUGAAGUUGCUCUACUCAUUUAAGACAUCACACAGAGGGUGGAUACUUGGAUAUUUAAAACAAACUAUAUAGAAUCUGGAAAUUGUGGUUUGUUUGUAAUACAGAUUCCAGCAUCUGUAGUAAUUUGUGUCUGUACAGAAUCUGGUGUGUUUGAUGCUGGUACAUUGUUAAAAGCAUUAAUACUGACCUCAAAACUGAACUUGAUUGUUUAAUAAAAGUUGCAGGUUUA